UAUUAUUGUCUACAAAAUAGGUGUCUGUGAAUAAUUUACGCUGCCAUGUAGCAGCGCGUGACUGACGCUCGUGAACACCACUGUUAGCUGUUAGCUUGUAGUUUAGCUUUAGCUAAAAACUCAGACUUCCGCAAAAGCAACACCUUUCUUUAGUUUUAUCGCUCCAGUUAAGAGUCGGAAAAUAUAACAAACCUUACUUAUAUAUUUUACACGGGAUACCCUUACAUUACACCGGGUUCCACUGGGCUAAAAAUACUCACAACGUUGCUUAAGCUGCUAAAGCUAAUGAUAGCAAACACUGACAGCUGCCAGGUUCUGUAACGCACACUCGCUGCUUGUUGGGAAGAAAAAUGGCAGAGGCGGUUGCAAAAGUGGCCCGAAGGAUUAAUGAGACAGUAGAAGAUGGCAAAGAUAAUCUAGAUCUGUCAAACUGCCAGCUCAUGUCUUUCCCAGAUGGUGUGUUCAAGGUCCUGAGAUCUGUUUCAGAAAAUAUCCAUGUUAUCACAUUAGCUGAUAAUGCCAUGAAGGCCAUUUCUAGCAAGUUCUUCUCGACUUUUACCCAACUCAGAGAGCUUGAUCUGCGAGGAAAUGUUCUCACCAAACUGCCCGAUGUUGUGGGGGAAAUGGAGCACUUGACCUGCAUCAACCUAGCUGAUAACAGCUUCUCUGUCUUCCCCGACAAGCUUACUGAAAUAGCCUCGCUGGAGAAGAUCGAUCUAGAGGGAAAUAGCAUCACUGAAAUACCUUUGGAGAAGUUGUCCACCAUGCCGUCUCUGAAGUGGCUCAACAUCAAGUCAAAUCCUUUAAACUCCAACACUCAGUCUGCUCUGAAUUCUCCCCACAAGUUUGAUAUUUUGUCAACAACUGAGUCCUAAAUAAUAUUUUGUGAAUCUGACACCAACUACAGCCUGAAUGCUAGGUGCCUUUACCCUUAUGGAACUCAGAUAGGUAAUAAAAUACCUGAAAAUGUUGUUCAUGUGGAACUUUUGAUUCUGCUGGAGAUCACAUGCUGUUGCUUCUACUCAUGGGGAGGAAAUCUAUCAUUCCCGACCUACGAUCGGACCUUUUCAGCUCCCAAAUUUGUUAUUUAAUUGCUAAUUUAUUACUUUUUGUAGCAAACAGAAUUAAAGUUCUGAAAAUCACAAA